AUGACUUCUCUUUCUUCCGAAUUCUGGAAUCUUGAAAUGGCGGAUAUCAACUAUACAAGAACUGCAGAAGAUGAGAAACUCCAACUGCUGGAGUUGAUAUUUGCAAGUUUAUUCAAUUUUGGAAUCAAAUCGAAUGAUUUAUUUUCAGGGACACUUCUCACCAACUAUCUGGGAGCGAUGUUUCCGAAAUGGGGAAUGUUUGUUCCCGUUUAUAUGUUUUUGGGAAAAGGAUACGCUCAUGUGUACUUGUAUUUUGCUUGGAGUACAGGUAUUUGUCAGGCGAUGGGAGUCUCUAUUCUGGCUGCAAAUCGUCUUUCCGUAAUGCUUUUUCCAACUAAAUUCCACUUGAUGUGGCAAGGAUACUGUAUCUGGGUUGCCAUUUCAAUUCAAUACUUAUCAGGACUUUCAGUUGGUCUUGCCACAUUUUUCAAUCCCACACAACUUUUUCGCAAUGAGCAAAAUGGGAUUGUACCAAAGUUUUUGAAUGUGACAAUGACUAAUACUUUUUUCGUGAUUGGAGGUGUUUUCUUAUUUGCAAAUUGUUUGUUUCUGGUCCUGACUUAUUGUUAUUUGUUUGCCGUUUUACACAAAAGACAUAAAAAUACUCUGUCUCAACCAGUAAGAUACCAAUCGAAACGAAAAGAAAAAACGAAAAUUCGAGAAGCAAAGCUAUUCACAAUGAGCACGAUUACUGUAGGAGUUCAGAUGUCGGUUUUAUUGCUCUUCAUUUUUGGAGGAUCUGACAUUCUUGGAUUCUCAACCGAUCAAUUUUAUAUGGUUUACAAUGCAUUGAGUGAACAGCGAGAAGCACAUUCGCAAACAGAAUCCGUUGGCUUCGAUAUCAAUCCGGCGAUGUCUCCAGUUUUCGCAAAGGGAGCAACAGAAAGCAACUUUGAUGUCAAUGUUUUUGAAGAACCGAAAGAAGAAUUGAGUUGGUGGAAUGUAAGAAUUCUAUGUGGUGGAGGAAGUAGCACAACUUCUCUUUGA